AUGAUGACAGUUGCCCUAAACCCGGAAGUAAAGUUCGAAGUCAUUUCAACAAUGAAGUUAAACGGCAUCAUUGAUCCUUCCACAGCUAUUUCCGGCUCUUCCAACCUUGUGGCUGAUGUUAUCAAGUUCCUUGUUUUGAACUUGACCCCUUACGCGCUCCUCAUUAUUGGGCUAUGGAAGUUUGGAGAGUGCCCCAUCGAACCAAAAAUACCUGUAUUGAUGGCCGUUACCGGAUUCAUAAUGAUUGCUAACGAUUUCUUUACUCUUUAUAUCCGUAGAAAGCACGCGGUAAAGAAUGCUGAAGGCAUCAUUAAUUAUCCGCUCGGCAUAAAUAUCAUCAGAUUCGGAGUCAUGUUUGUUUACCUUGCAUUAUUCUUCGUUGGAUUCAUCUUCAUUUACAGCAAAUAUUCUGAGCGCGAGAAAUGUGAUGCUUUGGCCUAUACCACCGCUUUAAUUGCUUUUGGUUUCAUGUUUGUUGUAUCGAUCGCUGUUGUUUUACUCUCCUGUUGUCUCCUUUCCCUUGGAUUGCUGGUCCAAAAAUGCGAAAGCUCAGCAUCAAAUGUUUAA